UUUCCGGCGACAGAACAGAUAAGGAGAGAGAUCAGAGAUGGGAGGAGGAGGAGGAGAAGAAGAUUGGAGAAAAAUGGCGGAUACCCACAAAAUGAGUCCGGAGGAAGUGAAGAAAAUAGGGGUGGAGUCAUCCAAGAGACCACCUGGCCACAACCCCGGUGGCGUUCUACACCAGCGCCGUAGUUUACCCUUCAGCACCACCACCAUGACCGUCGUUGGUUUCCUUAUGGCUGCCGGAAUUGGCUACUCCGUUCUCUAUGCCAAGAAAAAACCAGAAGCCACCGCACUGGAUGUUGCUAAAGUCACAGCCGGAGUUGCCGAUGCCUCCAAUACCCACCCACGUGGUGGCACCACCGCCACACCACCGGAGGACACCAGUCCACGCAAAUGAAGCCCAUGUAAUUUCUUGCUUUCUGCAAGCUUUAUGUUUUCUUUUAACAGUCUUAAGUACGCACAUACAUUUUGUUAAGUGCGCAGUUGGUAGACUCGGACUUACAAUUAUCAAUUGAGAAUAUGGCUAAAAACAUUAACAUGCUCUUCUUGGAAUUGUUCUA